AUCUUCAUCCUGUGAUAUAAGCUUGUCCUCUGCGGAGGAGGCGCAGGCUGGUGGGGGCAUGGCGACGGUGGAGGGUCGUCCGGCCCAGUAUGGGGUCACGCUGCAGCAGCUGCGGGAGCUCAUGGAGAACCGUGGCCAUGAGGCCAUUCAGCGGAUCCAAGAAGAGUACGGGGGCAUCCAGGACCUCUGCAGGAAGCUCUACACCUCACCCACUGAUGGGCUGAGCGGAUCUGCGGCGGACCUGGAGCACCGGCGGGCGACAUUUGGGGCCAAUUCGAUCCCGCCCAAGUCGCCCAAGCCGUUCCUGCAGCUGGUAUGGGAGGCGCUGCAGGACAUGACGCUCAUCAUCCUCCAGGUGGCCGCCUUUGUCUCCCUCGUGCUCGCCUUCAUCGAGCCCGAUGACAGCGAUGUGGGACAUGGCGGCAAGCCAAAGGAGCCCGGUGAAUCGGAUGCUGGGUGGAUAGAAGGUGUAGCUAUUCUAGUGUCUGUAGUAAUUGUGGUUCUAGUGACUGCAUUCAAUGACUACACAAAGGAGCGGCAGUUUCGUGGACUCCAAAACAGGAUAGAGCAGGAGCACAAGUUUGCUGUGAUUCGGGGUGGUGAAGUGAACCAGAUCGGCGUGACAGAAAUUGUGGUUGGCGACAUCUGCCAAGUCAAGUAUGGCGAUCUUCUGCCUGCGGAUGGAAUCAUUAUCCAGAGCAAUGACUUAAAAAUCGAUGAAAGUACACUAACGGGUGAAUCGGAUCACGUCAAAAAGGGAGAACACACAGACCCCAUGUUGUUCUCAGGCACACACGUCAUGGAAGGGAGCGGAAAAGUUUUGGUGUCUGCGGUCGGUGUCAACUCUCAAGCAGGCAUUAUCCUCACUUUGCUGGGAGCUGCCCACUCAGAGAGCAAAGAGCAGAAGAAAAAGAAGAAGAAGAAAGACGCUAAGAAGGGUCAUAGAAAGAAGAAAGGGGAACCAGUGGACGAAGAAGCGGCCAUGUCUGGGAACUCGCACUUGGGCAACAUCACUGCCAACACUCACGUGGAACCUGCCCGCGCGGAUUCCAUUGUCGCCGCCGGCUCUCCGGCCGAAGACAGCAACCCCCGCAAAGAGAAGUCUGUGCUGCAGGCCAAGCUCACCAAGCUGGCCAUCCAGAUAGGAUACGUUGGGUCAACGAUAGCAGUGUUGACGGUCCUUAUUCUGGUGGUGCGGCACCUGAUUGAGGUGUUCGUGGCGGAGGGUCGCCCCUGGAGAAGCAGUGACACGCAGCACAUUGUCAACUGCUUCAUCAUUGGCGUCACUGUUCUGGUGGUGGCCGUCCCUGAAGGUCUUCCAUUGGCUGUCACUCUCUCCCUCGCCUACUCUGUAAAGAAAAUGAUGAAAGAUAACAAUUUAGUACGUCACCUAGAUGCCUGCGAAACGAUGGGUAAUGCAACAGCAAUUUGCUCGGACAAAACCGGCACCUUGACAACCAACCGCAUGACUGUAGUGCAGAGCUACAUCUGUGGUGUUCAAUAUAAGCCAUCACCUAAAUAUGAAACUCUUCCACCUGUUGUUGCUGACAAGAUAGUGUAUGGCAUAUCGGUGAACAGUGCCUACACAUCUAGGGUUAUUCUUCCCGAGGCCGCGGGUGAACUUCCGAAGCAGGUGGGCAACAAGACAGAGUGCGCCCUGUUGGGCUUUGUGCUUGACCUUGGCAAGGACUACCAGAGCGUGCGGGAUGACAUUCCCGAGGAGAUGCUGCACAAGGUCUACACCUUCAACUCGGUCCGAAAGUCGAUGAGCACUGUCAUCCCUCUCGAUGGUGGCCGAGGAUUCCGUGUCUACACCAAAGGCGCUUCUGAAAUCGUCAUGAAGAAGUGAGGUCCUUUCCAUGCAGCGUUCUAAGCACUAGUAAUUUGGCAUGCAGACAUGUGCAUGUAGAGCUUGAAUUAGCUGCCUAAAGAAAGAACAGUUGUGCAGAAUCCAUCAACAAUGAUUGU